CUGAUACGUCAGAGACGUGCCUGCCCGUGGCCCAGUCGCUUCAUCUGAGUUACCGAGUCAGCCGAGCGGCUCUGAAGUCUCGGUCCGCUCAAUAUUGCACUGGAUGUGCAACCUGUCUUACACACAGUAUAUAAAGAGAAGGUACAGAGUAUAAGGUUAUACCACUGAAUUGAAUUCCAAGUAACAGUUACACCGGAGGAAAAGAAAAUGAGCAAAAAUAACAUAGUGCUGUAUGCGCAAGAGGAUUGUAAAGGAGAUCAUGUGACUCUGACAUCUGAUGUUCCUGACUUGACAGUGAAUCAGUUUAUGAAAAAAGCGUUGUCUCUCAAAGUAUUUGGGGACCACUGGAUUGUGUUUACCCAGAUCAAUUAUAAGGGUGAUUACACAGUCUAUAGAGAAGGAGAACACAAUGACAUCAAGUCUAUGAGCUCUAACAUUGCCUCCCUUAGAGUAAUCCCAAUGGGUCUGCAGAGCCCUUCUAUUACGGUGUAUGAAAAUGUCAAGUAUGAUGGCAGGCAUGUAGAAGUAACAUCUCCUCUGAGUCAACUAUUUAAUGAAAAUGGGAGUCCAUCUUUCAAAGUGCGACAAGGAGCUUGGAUCCUGUAUGGUGAAGAAAAUUACAGUGGAAAUCCAACAUUUGUUCUUUCUGGUGAUGAAGAGCCUGGUUACUGGAACAACAGAAUGAAAUCUCUGAAGCCAAUUUCUCAGUCUGAAUAAUGAAAAGCAAUAUCUAGAGAAGAUGAUUAUUUCCAGAAAACCCCUGAUCACGUAGCUAUCCUCUGCUGCAGCCUGUAUACUCCUGGCUAGAUGUCCUACAGCUUCCCUCAAAUGCUUAUUCUCACUUAGAUUUAAAGAAUCAGAAGAUAUGUGUCUAUUCUAAAAGGACCAUCAGCCUUACCCUUCAUCUCUUGAGUAAUCAGUUAUGGCAGAGAGGAACAAAGACCAAAUCUCAUUCAGAACCACCAAUAUAACAGACUGGUGCAGAAAGAACUUUUCUCCAACAUCUGAAGAGAGGACCCUGAUCUGUGUCCCUGAAGUGAUACUGAUGACAAGAGUGUGCUGAAGACUGAGAAGAUAUGACAGACAUUUUAUUCUUUCAUUAUAUAAAUACUUUGCUGAAGCAAUAAAUCACUAUUAUUAGCACA